AUGUCCUCCAAACCAUCUUCCUCCAAGAACCAACCUACCUCCUCCAAUAAGCAAUCCUCUUCACCUGCCAACCAAUCCACCUCCUCCAAUAACCAAACUUCUACAACUGUCAACAACAACUCCUCCAGCAACAACGCAAGACCCUGCUCUCCAAACCCCGCCGACAAGAGCGAUUACCGAUGGCUCAAAGACUCCGGCUGGGAGAACAUGCAUCAUUUUUUAUUGAGCUAUCAACUCAAGCCCUAUGACGACGAAGACUGGGUGGAGGGAAAGCGUAUUUUCAAGGCUUUUAGAGAGGAUGAGCAGGAGGAAUGGGAGGAGCGGCAUGGUAAACGGUGA